AUAGUACAAGAUUUUUUAGAGGAAUUUCUAUUCCAAGUCAAACCCUUUAGCCAACCCAACAGAUAGUACUCUUUUUCUUUUUAAUUAAUUGUUGAGGUGCCAGGCAAUUGUUUGCAUUUUACCGAUUCAAAAUGCAUGAUGUUCUUGGAAUACGUCUCCGGUCAAAUUUCUAAAUGCAAGCUGAAAACCAAAGAAUUUCUUCUUAGUUAGUAGAAAAAAAAAACACCACCUUGAGUCCUUUUGUUAAUCAACUAACAUGGAUAUCAUUUCCCUUCUGAUCUCCGUCCUCUCAAUCCUUUUCAUCUCUGGCCCUUCUCAGAUUGAAGCCCAACAGCCUUAUGAUGGGAAUGUCACGACAGUCUGUGAUGGCACCGGCAAUUCAAACUCCGCUUUCGGGUACACUUGUAAUGGCCUUUAUAGCAGUUGCCAAUCUUUCCUCACAUUCAGAUCCCAAUCCCCAUACAACUCUGUUUCUUCCAUCUCUCAGCUAUUGCGUGCUGACCCGUCAGGGCUCGCUCAGCUCAAUUCAGUAGCCGAGAACGCGACAUUCGACACCAAUCAAGUCGUCCUUGUUCCAGUCAAUUGCUCAUGUUCAGGUAAGUACUACCAGUCAAACACAUCCUUUGUUGCUCAGAAUGCAAACAAUUAUUUCAUGAUUGCGAACAACACCUUUGAAUCCCUCACAACUUGCCAAGCUCUCCAAGAUCAAAAUAGUAAUAUGACAAUAAAUUCUGGUACAAUUAUUGUUCCUAUUAGAUGUGCUUGUCCUACAAAAAACCAAACUCAAAGUGGGGUGAACUAUCUAUUGAGUUACGUUGUUGCCUCGGGUCAGAGUGUCUCAAUAAUAAGUACAAUGUUUGGGGUGGAUACUGAGAUGACCCUUGUAGCCAAUGGACUAUCUGAUCAAGACUACAUCUAUCCCUCUACUACCCUUCUAGUUCCUCUCCAAACUCCACCGUCAAGUUCAGAAGUCGUAGCACCACCACCUCCUCCUCCAGCCGUUUAUCUCUCCUCCUCGCAUACAGCAACAUGGGUGUACGUUCUCACUGGAUUAUUUGGAGGAGGUCUUGUUUUGGGCGCUGGGAUAUUUGGUUUCUGCUUUUUUUCUCGUAAAAAUAAGAGCAAAACUGAUACGAUUACUACCUCAAAACGCUUUGAAUCAGUUGAAAAAGGAAACAAGAAUAAUUUGGAGGAAAAAACUAGAGAAGUUUUGGAGAGUAUUCCUGGCAUAUCUCAAUCUCUCAAAAUGUAUACUUACGAAGAACUUCAAUCCGCAACAAAACAUUUCAGCCCCAGUUGUUGGAUUAAAGGAUCUGUAUAUCGAGGAACAAUCAAUGGCGAUUUUGCGGCGAUUAAGAGGAUGGACGGAGACGUAUCAAACGAAAUAGAAAUACUGAACAAGAUCAGCCACUUUAAUCUUAUUGGCCUAUCAGGUGUUUGUUUCAACGCAGGGCAUUGGUAUCUUAUUUAUGAAUAUGCUGUCAAUGGACCCUUGAGCGAUUGGAUUUAUUCCAGCAAUAAUUAUCAAAAGUGUUUGAAUUGGACAAGGAGGGUGCAGAUUGCUUUGGAUGUUGCAAUGGGGCUUAACUAUAUCCAUAACUAUACUUCUCCUCCCUAUGUCCACAAGAAUUUAACUAGCAGUAAUGUCCUUCUUGAUAGUGAUUGCAGGGCUAAGAUUGCCAAUUUUCGGUUAGCUAGGACAGCAGAAAUGCUAGAUGAUCAGUUUUCAUCGACUAGUCAUAUAGUUGGGACGAGAGGUUACAUGGCCCCUGAGUAUUUGGAGAAUGGGUUUGUCUCAAUGAAGCUUGAUGUCUACGCAUUUGGGGUUCUCUUGCUUGAGAUUCUUACUGGGAAAGAAGUUACUGUGUUGUAUGACAGAGUAAAUUUGCAUUUAUCAGAGCUCUUAAUUCCUGUGGUUGGUGACGAAAAUGCGAAAGAGAAAUUGAGCGAUUUUAUGGAUCCUUCUUUGGAAGGGAAUUACCCUGUGGAGCUCGCCGUAUUUGCUGCCAAAUUGGUUGAUUCUUGUAUAAGAAAAGACCCAUCAGACCGCCUAGGCAUGGAUGAGAUUGCGCAGUCUCUGUCGAGAAUUCUGAACGCAUCACUCAAUUUGGAAUUCCCGGACAGCAUCUCAGGGUACUGAAGUUAUUAUAGCUAGAGCUUUGUUUUCUCUCUUUGAACAAAGUUUUACCAGAAGACUUAUUGAGCUUUGGUUGAUCUGUUGUGUUUUUAUGUGUGAUGGAUGAUUUUAGAAUGAUAAGAGCUGGUAAGUAAAUUUUCUACGAGUCAAUGGAAUA